AUGUCGGUCGAUAUUGAGCCCUUCGAGCUUUCCUUCAAGCGCCCCUUCACUACUGAGGUCUCCCAAAUCUUGACUCUCAAGAACCCAAAUCACACCCCCGUUGCCUUCAAGGUCAAGACUACCGCCCCCAAACAAUACUGUGUCCGACCGAAUGCAGGCCGCAUCGAGGCCGGUCAGAGCUUCGAUGUCUCUGUUUUGCUCCAGGCCAUGAAGGCGGACCCUGCUCCCGACGCCCGAUGCCGUGACAAGUUCCUGGUCCAGUCUACGGCCAUUACCGCCGAUAAGGAGUUCGCCAAUCACGCCUCUGUGCUCGAGACAACGGACAAGGCCUCGCUUGUAGAGCGCAAGAUUCGAGUUAACUGGUUGCCGGCUGGCUCCGCCGAGGCUCCUCACCGACCAAUUUCUACUCCCAACAAGCAAGGCAUUGCUAAUGGCGCCAACGAUACUCCCGACGUUUCUCGCACUUACUCUUCUCCUGGCGCCCGGGAUGACUCGCCUUCCUCCUCCGCACCACCUCCCUACCACUCUCCUCAAGAGCAGUAUGAGGAGCACAGACCUAAAUCCAUGCAGUCCGACUUCGAAGUUAAGAGCGCUAUGUCCCAGGCCGCAACAUCUAUCAAGGAGACUGCCGAGCUGACCUACGAGGAGCUCAAGGCUAAGCUUGCCCAGGCUGAGCAGCAGCUCGUAGCUCUUAAGGAUAGCGGUCUCCGCCAGCGCAACGUCAAGUCCGAUUCCAACGACGAUGAGAAGCGGCCCGUGGCCCAAGCUGCCCAAGCUAUUCAGCAAACUGUCGAGGGUGUGCCAGUGCAGAUGGCUGCCAUCCUCUGCUUGGUCAGCUUCCUGCUCGCUUAUUUCUUCUUCUAG